AGCUUAUCCCAGCUCUGCGGGGUAGUCUAUGUUCCAAGUUAUUUAUCUUUUUAGGGAUAUACUGAUGUCUGUUACAUGAUGAUCCAGCUAAUGCAUCGCUUCAUCACAAUAGGCCACUGCGUACUUCUGGGCACUUUUGUUCAUCGAUCGCAAAUCUUUACGUCGUAAGCUGUGGUGAAUUGGGUAUCAACUGGCGAUAAGGUAUGCUUUUGAAGCAUAUGAGAUCUGCUUGCAACCAAAUCGCAUCACCAUGGGAUAGCGGCGAAGGUUCUGGUAAAUGUCGGCGCACUCACGUCAGUGGACAUGGCUACUUAUAUGAGGUGGAUGAAAAAAGCAACUUGGAUACGGCCAGGACGCUCAUGUGCGCAGACUCGUACCGAUACGAGUUCUGCUAUACCCGAAGUUUCGAUACACGGUUGAUUAGCAAUUUGAUGUACCUAGGGUUCAUUCCCCUUAGUCAACUUAGCACGACUGACCAUACGUACGGUAUGAUACCGAAGCUGCACAAGCACCGCUGUGUUCUUCAUCUUCCUGAUCUUAAGAUAGAUAAGAGCGCUCGAAAGCGUAUGAAGCAUUUUCAGAUAUCUAUAAACAAAUGCUUUGAUCAAGUCAUCGAUGAGUGCGUGAGAGUGAAUGGUGAUGGCUGGCUAACGAAGCCCUUAGUCAAAGCCUUGAAGUUGUUACAUCGCACACCGCAGUGUUCUGCAAUACGGCUGUGCUCAUUCGAGAUCUACAAUAAUGGGCAAUUGGUGGGCGGCGAGGUCGGAUUCACAGCGGGGACUGCAUACACUUCACUAAGCGGCUACUUCACAAUGAGCUCAGCAGGGACUGUGCAAAUGAUUGCCACGUGCAAAAUACUGCAAUCGGCUGGUUUCGCAUUCUGGGAUUUGGGAAUGGAUCUGCCAUACAAGAGAACCAUGGGGGGCGUUACGCAUCCGAUCCAAGAUUUUCUUGCCGUCUUCGAUACUGUCAGAUGCUUACCGACCCCCCCACUCCCUUCAUCUGUCCUCGACGUCCGUGACACCGUCACCUCAUCAGGGGCACAGGAGCGCGUAUAUAAACAAAGGCAGAACUGUACACACAUCAGAACGGCACAGUGCGAAAAGACGCUAUCACACAGCGUCCCAAAUGUGUCCAACAGCUGGGCAAAUCGCAAAUGCCGAACGGUAAAUUCGACUGAGCUAAGCGUGCCUAACAUUAUUAAACUUCCUCAUGCUGCUUAAGAAUGUACACAGCCUGAGGAACUAUCUUGUCUUGCUGUGCAGCAUAUGGGGAGAAUAUAUGUCAGAUCUGACAUUGACUGUGAGAAGACCAAGCCGUUCGACCACUUCUACUUUAUACACCACAAUAGAUCACUUGAUCACCACAUCGGAGCAAACAACGUAACUCUCGCGUUCGAUGGUAGGAGUAUUUGAUAGUAGGAAUAGUAUGACAGCACGAUUGGACACAAGAUUCAAAACUGUGUGAGAGCUCAGAAGCAGCAACAAGAAGGCGAAUUUCCUAGUUCUUAACUUAAGAGUGCAUAUGGCGAAACUGCUAUAUAUUUUGUAAUGGCAGUGAUGAUUAAUGCAAUGGGCACGAUCAUCCAUCGACAAAGCAUGUUGAUAUGAUUGGUAGCAAGCCUAUUUUUUGUAAGCGCGCGUGAGGAUAUAGUACAGCACACUGCCUAAAAUCAUUCUGUACUGGUGUUGGAAAGACCAAGUAAAGCAAUAAUGAUUGUGGUUAAAUAUAAAUAGCAAAAAGAAUGGAGUAGUCCCGAAUAUGAGUCAAGCACAAAGGAAAUUUAGCAACAGGUAUUAUAUCAGACCUGUAAGGCCCGUAAAUAGUAGCUGCCUGACACAUGACGAUACCGCGAUGUUAACGCUCCCGGGUGUUGUAUGUCAUUAAACCACUGGC